AUGAGUGAUAAAAUACCCCCGUGGAAUAUUGUCCACAAGCUUGAGAAGCGUAGCCUUCUCGUAGCUAUUAACUGUGUGGCGGCGUUGUCCAUUCUUUUCUUCGGUUAUGACCAGGGUAUGAUGGGUGGUGUCAAUAAUGCGAAAGACUACAUCGACCUUAUGGGUUUCGGCUAUACUACGACCGUAGACGGAACCCCUAACACACCAGUGGUUACAAACAGUCUCCUCCAAGGCGGAAUUGUCUCUGUUUAUUAUCUGGGCACUCUUUGCGGAGCACUGUUUGGUGGCUGGCUUGGAGACCGCAUAGGUCGAGUCAAGUCGAUCGCUGCCGGAGCGCUGUGGGCAGUAUUUGGUGCAGCUUUGCAAUGUUCUGCUCAAAAUCACAAUUGGAUGAUUUGCGCGCGCUUCAUCAACGGUAUCGGAACGGGUAUUUUGAAUGCCAUUGUGCCUGUAUGGGCCACAGAAACUGCCGAACACACAUCUCGAGGGCAAUUCAUCGCCAUUGAGUUUACGCUCAAUAUCUUUGGCGUUGUCAUUGCCUACUGGUUGGAGUAUGGCUUGUCUUUUAUUGAUGCAGGAGCAUCUGCGAUUCGCUGGCGAUUUCCUAUUGCCUUCCAGAUUAUCCCUUUGCUAUUUCUCUUCGCCAUUGUGUGGUUCUUCCCAGAGUCUCCUCGUUGGCUUGUCAAAGUCGGUCGAGAUGAGGAAGCCCGUUAUAUUCUUGGCCGUCUCCGUGGUAGUCAGGGUGAAGAUCUGAUCAGGGUGAAUGCCGAGUUCCGAGACAUCCAGAAUAUCGCGGAACUUGAGAAGACAAUUGCUCACGGCAAUUCAUAUCUGGCGAUGCUAUUCGGCUACAAGUCUGGAAAACUCCACAUCGGUCGUCGUGUCCAGCUGGUUAUUUGGCUGCAGAUCAUUCAAGAAUGGGUUGGUAUUGCAGGUGUUACUAUAUAUGCGCCUACAAUCUUCCGGAUCGCUGGUUUCAAUGCAGAUAAGAGCCAAUGGAUCAGUGGCUUGAACAACAUCUUUUACAUGUUUGCCACCCUCAUUUGUGUCUUCACAUUGGACCGCAUUGGCCGUCGCUGGACCCUGUACUGGGGUGCGGUUGUACAAGGCAUUGCCAUGUUCCUUGCGGGUGGGUUCUCUCGGCUGGGCAUAGAUGCUACCGCGGCCGGUCAUGCAACCAAGGCAUCCCAGUACGGUGCGGCAGCAGCCUCCAUGGUCUUCAUCUUCACUUCUGUCUUCGGUGCGACUUGGUUGACUGUUCCUUGGUUGUAUCCUGCUGAGAUCUUCCCCCUGGCUGUCCGAGCGCGAGGUAACGCCUGGGGUGUGGUAGGCUGGAGUAUUGGAAAUGGCUGGUUGACCCUUCUCUGCCCUGUCAUGUUCAGCGCCAUUGGAGAGAAGACCCUCUACAUCUUUGCUAUCAGCAAUGUCAUCAGUAUUCCGAUGGUCUGGGCUCUUUAUCCGGAGAGUAACCAACGCACUCUGGAGGAUAUGGACCUGCUAUUUGCAGCAGACACUCCCUGGAAUUGGGAUGCAGAACGUACUUUUGCUCGACUCAAGGCCGAAAACCCGGACUUGGUCCAGGGCACCAGUCGUAACCACAGUGUCGUUGACCCAGAGACGGGAAAGCCAUUGCGGUCUAAUGCGCCUGCGCUGACUCUGGACUUGGAUAGAAAAGUAACUUCAACCGACGAUAAAGUUGCUGUUGACCAUGUGAACUCCGCAUAGGAUCAUCAUCCAUUCUACCUUAUUGUGGAAGUGGUUGGAUAUCGCGUCUAUUCGAUGUGCGUUGUAAUACCAUGAUGAGAAACUACGUGUACUGGAAUGAGUGACGAGAUAACACGAAAUAACCGGUGAUGUUCGAUGAAUGGUGCAAUCCAUGAAUAUAGAUUGCCAUAACUAUAAUGUGGUUUUAUGCACUUGCGACAAGCUUGUAACCGUCUUCGGAGCGUAAGGCUCUAGGUACACAAACAUUGGAGAUACUCGAGGACUUAUCCAAUCUAUUUCACUAAUGAAACGCUGUACGUUUAUUUUAUUUAUCUGCUCUUGAAAAUACUGGAAACGCGUUAGAAUUGAGGUGGACAUUGUAAAGCCAUGUGCAGAGAACACCUCAGGUGAUUGUGAUUGGCCAGUUUCAUCGCACUGUCUAUUCCACAAUCCUCAUUGGUCAUUUCCGGAGCAG